CAUGCGCAUGCGCCAACGCAACACACGGCAGCAUCCCAGGCUGAGUGGCUUGCUAACUAACUAGCUGAAUCAUCUGGUUGUUUUUUUUCCCCUUGUGAUUGUUAAGUGUCUUGCGGCAUAAUGGCAGCAAGAUAUGACAGAGCUAUCACUGUUUUCUCUCCCGAUGGUCACCUUUUUCAGGUAGAAUACGCACAAGAAGCCGUGAAGAAAGGCUCCACUGCGGUGGGGAUAAGAGGUAAAGACAUUGUGGUCCUCGGCGUUGAGAAGAAAUCUGUAGCGAAGUUGCAGGAGGAAAGGACCGUCCGCAAGAUAUGUGCCCUUGAUGAGCACGUCUGCAUGGCAUUUGCAGGCCUGACAGCAGAUGCCCGUAUUGUGAUCAACAGAGCUCGGGUUGAGUGCCAGAGCCACAGGCUAACUGUUGAGGACCCAGUCACAGUAGAAUACAUAACGCGCUACAUCGCUACACUCAAACAGCGCUACACUCAGAGCAAUGGACGCAGGCCGUUUGGCAUCUCUGCCUUAAUUGUUGGCUUUGACUACGAUGGGACCCCCAGGCUGUAUCAGACAGACCCCUCAGGAACCUACCAUGCCUGGAAGGCAAAUGCAAUUGGACGCAGUGCAAAGACAGUGAGGGAGUUCCUGGAGAAGAAUUACACAGACGAAGCCAUUGCUGGUGACAAUGAAGCAAUCAAAUUGGCCAUCAAGGCUUUGCUUGAGGUCGUCCAGUCAGGAGGAAAAAAUAUUGAACUUGCUGUUAUCAGGCGAAAUCAGCCCCUGAAGAUAUUGGAGUCUAAAGAAAUUGAGACACUGGUGGCUGAAAUUGAGAAGGAGAAGGAAGAGGAGGCCGAGAAGAAGAAGCAGAAAAAAUCCACUUAAAGCAGUUAAUCAAAACAGUUUUUCUUUAUUGCACUUGGAGGAAGACAGCAUAUUUGGGUUGCAAAUUUUAGUAAGGUUCAGAGAGUUUACGGUUCUAAUGACAACUUUUAUUUCAAUGUAGACUGAAUCAUAACUUGAUAUCCAUGUUGUGUUGCUCAAAACUGUGCACACAUUUCUGAGUGAUAUUGGCUGCAAAGAAUAAGCAGUCAAAUUAUAUCACUGUCACCUGAUGAAUUACUGACUGAUGUGCACAUUGAGGAAGGCACGUAGAUGUCAAGUUAGGGUUCAGCCCUCAGACUAUGUGUGGUUCCAGGAUUUUUUGUAUCUCCUUCAAUAACCUGCUUUAAUGGUGAUGGAUUAGCAGUGUUGAAAUAAACUAGUUGUAACAUUUUGAAUCGUAAUGAUCCAUAUACUAAAUAAAAGUUCCCUUGUUUGUACCA